GCUGAUGGGAUAGUCCAUUACUUGUUAUAUCCCGCGGAAGCUUAUAGUUGCCGUGUAGCACGCGCAAGCGCGAAUCACGCAACAACAGGGGUCUGCCAGCUGAGCCACCGAGACUUUGGCCUGAUCGUCUUAAAUAUCAGUGCUGGCACUGACAGGUUAUCUGGCUCUCUGUCCCCCUUACUUCCCAAAUCGGCUCUCACUGCUCCUAACCCGCACCGAAAGCGGUCGCUUUGAGGACCAGUCUUUCUCACAAUGGGUCGGAAAUUGGGCCUCUUUCGAGCUAUCUAUCUGGUGUCUGCUAGUUGCAUGGGCUCUUUCGCCUUUGCAUUCGACACCGGUGUUAUUAGCGGUGUUCUUACGCUGACCUCUUUCCAAAAUGACUUCGGAUACACGGUCGCUCAGAAAACCUCGGUCAACUCCAAUGCCGUUUCGAUCCUCCAAGCAGGCGCCUUUUUCGGCUGCUUUUUCACCACACCCAUCGCAUCCUACCUAGGCCGCCGGCUCGGCCUCAUCAUCAGUUCCCUUGUCUUCACCGUCGGUACCAUCUUGCAGGUCGUCAACUCGCAUACUCUGGGCACGUUCUAUGCUGGCCGAGUGAUAGCUGGUCUCGGCAUUGGUGCCGCAACGGUGCUGAUUCCAGUGUAUGCGGCUGAAAUGUCUCCUAAGGAUCUACGUGGCCGACUCGGGUCUUGCUUCCAGUUGUUCUUCGCUUUGGGAGUCAUGGUCGCCUAUUGGGUCACGUACGCUGUGUCGAUAGACCAGCCAUCCGCAACAAAACAAUGGCAGAUCGCACUGGGCCUGCAGCUUCUCCCCUCGUCCCUUCUCCUCUUCGGUAUGUGCACAGUUAAAGAGAGCGCUCGAUGGCUCGCCUCUAAAGGCAAAAUUGAGAAGGCUAGAGAGUCUCUCAAAUGGGUACGAGGUGGGGAAGAGACUGCGGAGCUCCAGCAAGAAUUCGAUGAAAUUCUGGCUGGUAUUGAGGAGGAAGCUCGAAUCAAGCAAGGGUUCACCUUCCGGGAACUGCUGCUUCCCGCAAAUCGCUAUCGAUUGUUCAUCGCCUUUACGAUUCAGCUAGCGGCGCAACUUACAGGAAACACGUCCCUGGCUUACUAUGCAACUCAGAUCUUCUCCGCUGUGGGUGCAGGAAACUCAAGCAAGCUGGUGACUGGCUUCUUCGGUGUGGUUAAAGUAGUCGGUGUCUCGGUCUUCCAGAUCUUCGUUAUGGAUCGCAUCGGUCGGCGAUGGCCGUUCAUGGUUGGUGCCGCCGCGAUGGGGUCGUUUAUGCUCAUCAUUGCCUGCAUCUUGGCCACACAUCCAACCAGCUCCAGCGACACCGGAAACGCCUCGCCAGCGGGAAUCGCCAUGAUCAUCAUGACAUAUUGUGAAGCAUUCAGUUUCAACAUGUCCUGGGGUCCUCUUCCCUGGCUAUACGUCGGAGAGAUUUUUUCGAGUCGCACUCGUGAGAUCGGUGUGACCGUCGGCGCAGCCUCACAAUGGCUCUUCAACUUCAUGAUGUCGCAGGUGACUCCGCAUGCGAUUGAAAAUAUCGGAUGGAGGAUGUUUCUUAUGUUUGCGAUCUUCAACUACGCGAUCGUCGUAUAUUCAUUCAUUUUCUUAAAGGAGACCUCCAACUACUCUCUCGAAGAAAUGCAAGGCGUCUUUGGCGGCAGCGACCCUACCAAGGAUGACAAACUUACGACUACUGAAACAGCAGAUAAGACACAUACCAGCGAGGUCGAGGACAAUCAAGGGACCAGCAGUGCAACGCCGAAAGAGGGAUAAUUGAUAUAUUACAUAAUCAUGAUAAUGUGUGCAUAAUAGAGACGAAGUGUUGGUGUAAUAGCAUUGCACAGCCUAUGAUAAUGGCGAGGGUCGUCUAUACAGUGACUUGACCUGGCAUCAUAAGUUACCAUCUAACGGAAUUCUUUUCUUUCGACAACACGAUAUCAACCAUAUCAUAAGUCGGAGACCUCACUUUUCCACCAUUGCAAGAACCUG